AUGACAGCUGAAGAAACUCAUAAAGAUGCAAUUGCAGCCAACAAAUCUUUAUUUAAUGAUGAAUUUGCUGCUAAAUAUGAAAAAAGGGAAUCACAUAUUUCAUUAAGUUAUUUAUUUGCAAAAUAUUUAUUAGAAUUUGAUCCAACAAAACCUAGAAAAACAGAUGAAGAAUCUUCAAAACUUAUUGGUGAUCCAUAUAAAUGUUGUAAUGGUUUAACUAAAGAAAAUACCUUACCUAAUCCAUCAACUUAUUCAAAGGAUUUCUCACAAGGAUUAUUUAAACCUGGUAUGAAAUUAUUAGAUUUUGCUUGUGGUACAGGAAUGGUUACUGAAUUAUUUGUUCCGUAUUUAAAAGAAUCUGGAAAAAAAUCUGAAAUUGUUGGAAUUGAUAUUGGUCCUGCAUUUUUAAGUUAUUUCAAUAAAAGAGCUCAAAAUUUCAGUGAUGAUGAAGUUUCAAUAAAAUCUUAUGAAUAUGAUAUAUUAGAUUCAAAUUUAAAAACAGAGUUAAAAGAAAAAUUUGAAAAUCAAUUUGAUGUUAUAAUUUGUACAAUAUCUUAUCAUCAUAUUCAUAAUUAUGAAAAAGUAACUGAAAAAUUAUCAACUUUUUUAAAACAAAAUGGUUGGUUAUUUAUAGUUGAUUUUUAUAAUGAAGAUGUUGAAAAAAUAGAAUUUUCCAAAACAGAUAUUAAAAUGAGUGAUGCAGUACAACAUAUGGGAGGUUUAAAAAAAUCAAGUUUAAAUAAAGUUUUAAAUAAUUUAUCAGGUUUAAAAAAUGUUUCAAGUGCAAGAGAAUUUAGAACAACUUUAUGGCAACCAGCAAAUUUUAUUGAGAAUCAUUGUGAUGAUGAACAAGUUAAUAAAUUAAAAGAAGGUAAAUUGGAAUCAAAAGAUAUUGAUGGUGAAAUGAAUUAUUUGAUUGAAGUUAGUUUAAUUUAUGCAGUUGGUCAAAAACCAUAA